AGUUCCAGAGCCAUUGUUGGUAGCCACCUAAUCGACACACUGCGGAGUGCAAUGGCGAUUCCAGUCAUCGACUUCUCCAGGCUUGACGGCGAUGACAGGGCGGCCGCUAUGGCGGAGAUCGCCGCCGGGUUCGAGGAGUGGGGGUUCUUCCAGCUUGUGAACACUGGCAUCCCUGAUGAGCUGCUGGAGAGGGUGAAGAAGGUGUGCAACGACUGCUACAAGCUUCGCGAGGAGGGGUUCAACACGUCCAACCCCGCGGUCAAGGCCCUCGCCGCCCUGGUGGACGAGGAAGGCGAAGGCCUUGCCAUGAGGAAGGUCGAAGGCAUGGACUGGGAGGAUGUCUUCACCCUCCAGGACGACAUGCCAUGGCCAUCCAUCCCUCCAACCUUCAAGGAGACGAUGAUGGAGUACAGGAGGGAGCUGAAGAAGCUAGCGUUGAAGAUGCUGGGCGUCAUGGAGGAGCUUCUCGGGCUAGAGGAAGGGCACAUCACGAAGGUCUUCUCCAAGGAUGGUGACUUCGAGGCCUUCUACGGCACCAAGGUGAGCCACUACCCGCCGUGCCCGCGGCCGGAGAUGGUGGACGGGCUGCGCGCCCACACCGAUGCCGGCGGCCUCAUCCUGCUCUUCCAGGAUGACCGCGUCGGCGGACUGCAGGUGCUCGGCCGCGACGGCCUCUGGGCCGACGUCCAGCCCGUCGAGAACGCCAUCGUUAUCAACACCGGCGACCAGAUGGAGGUGAUGAGCAAUGGCCGGUACAAGAGCGCGUGGCACCGCGUUUUGGCCAUCCGCGAAGGCAACCGCCGUUCCAUCGCUUCCUUCUACAACCCGGCACGCGCAGCCAGCAUCGCGCCUGCAAUUCCCGCCGCCGACGACUCCAGCACCGGCGCCGACUACCCGAGCUUCUCGUUCGGCGACUACAUGGACGUGUACCUUGAGCAGAAGUUCCAGGACAAGGAACCCAGGUUCACAGCAGCAGCGGCAAUGAGCAAGAAAAGGAUGAACUGAUAAGCCUGAGCCAGCAGCCAACAUGUCUGCACCUGCAAAGCUUCAGUUCCUUCUCCUUAUAAUUAAGUUACUCGGUUAAGUGUGCAAUUACAGUACGGGUUUGUACGAUAAAUAUAGGUUGUUAAGUACAGAUAUGUUUGUGCCAUGCGGCAGUCUCAGAGCCAUAUAUACAUAAAUAUAUGGUGGCAUAAAGACUGUCAGAAUGUGCUGUGGUCAACAGAUGCCAGAGUGAUUUGAAGCUUGGAAUGGCAUCU